AAUGUUCGCGAAAAUCGUGAAUGGGAACAAAAGGUAAAUGAGAAGGAGAACAAGCUCCGGGAGUUACGCCUGGUGAAAAAUCGCUUGGAGGAUCGUGUUGCAGAAUUGGAACAGAUGCUGGCUGUUGAACAUGGAAACGCGCAGUCCAUGAAUGAGGCACUUGAGCGAGAAGUAGAGCUUCGGCUACAGGUUGAAAAACAGGUUCUGGUGCUUCAGCAGCGUUUCCACGAUUCAAAAGAGGAUUCGCGUAUAUCUUCAUCGUGCUCGUCUCAUUCUCGUGUUGACCAGAGCUUAUAUCUCGACGCUAAGACAGUGGAAUUGCAAAAGGAAGUUGCGUCUCUUAAAGAAAGUGAUUCAUUGCAACGACUGAGAGCCCAGAAGGCUGUACAGAGACUCAAAGAUGUUGAAAAUGAGCUGAAAGAUCUUGCGGCAAGAAAUAAUAAUCUGAAAGCGGAAAAUGGUGAAUUGCGUCAGACCAUUGCGAAGUUACGGAAGGAAUUGCAAGGAGCGAGAGAGGCUGUUGAUGGAUCUACAGAUAGUGAACUAAGCUCAUUGCAGCGGGUGAAACGUUCUCUGGAUUUGAAAUGCGUGGCACAGGCAAUCGUUCUGUUUAUAUACGUUACGUUAAUUACAUUAUGCAUUAUUAAAAAACUGAGCUGUUUUAAGGAAGAAGAACUCAGUGAAUUUAUGGAUAAGCUAGCUGAUUUGCAAGACACAAAUUCGUCGCUUGUGAGGCAAAAUCGCAUGCUGGAGGGAAGAUCCCGCGAUAUUGAUCAUUACAAUGCCAGUUUCGAAGCUUCAUCAGGCCAUUACAAACGUGAUUUACGGAAGGCUUUAGCCCUUUUGCGUGAUACGCAGCGGGUUUUGUUACGUGAACGUGAGAACUCUUCGAACCAGUCGAUAAUUUCUCAAUUGCAAGAGCAGUUAAUGGAUGCAGAAGCAGCAAAACUGAGUGCUCUCAGAGGUCGUCAUUCUCUUGAAAGCGAACUUGCUGAAAUCAAAGCCCAACUGGAAGCGGCUCUGACAGCGAAAAAUGCCGCUGAGGAUAAGGCAUUGGUUCUUUUCAAGGAGAAAAGCAGUGCACUAGCUUUGGUUGAAGAACAAGACGAGCAGAUGCAGAAUCUUCUCAAAAAAUAUAAAGGCGCUGUGCAGCAGAGUGCCGUUGAUUCGAUAAAAAUCGCGGACCAGUUCGAGCAGAUGUCUGAUAUGGAGAAGGAGAAGGAGAAACUGCGCGAGCAGCUCAAUGACGUGUCCAGUGCCCUGGAAUAUCAUCAGCAGCACUCGGUGGAGAAGCACAAGUUGCAGCUUGCUGAACAACGAAUACGUGAUUUAGAAGCAAAGGUUGAACUAGAGGCCUCUCAGAAGCUCAGAUUCGAGGUAAUGAUAUCAGAAGUUCCCGUACAAUGUGAACAGCUUCAUCGAAAAGCUUUUUCAUUGGGGAGAUUAGACAGUAAUGGAGCGAGAGAAGUUAGAAAUGGAAAAGCAGGCACUGACAACCGAGCUGAAGUGUUCUGGGAAACGCCUCGAAGAGCUGCAGAAGGCGCUGAUGGAUGA